AUGACGCAUCACCCCGCUGAUAUCAUGAUGCUUUUCAAUUUAGAGGCGUGCUCCUACGGUCUUGCGGAUGGCGAGGAUAUGAUGAUGAGCAAUUGGAACGGCACCAUUCUUGGCCCACCCCAUAGCGUCCAUGAGAAUCGGAUAUACAGUGUCCAGAUCCAUUGCGGACCUGACUAUCCUGAUAACCCCCCAACUAUCCAAUUCAUUUCUCGCGUCAACAUACCAUGCGUUGACCAGAAGACGGGAAAAGUCGAUCCCGCCAAACUCCCCUGUCUGGCCCAGUGGAAACGGGAAUAUACCAUGGAGACGAUCCUACUUGAGAUCAGAAGGCGAGUUUUGGACCUCUUAUUUACCUUGCAGGAGUAG